UCCCGCCUCUUGUUUUGAUUGGGGCAAAAGAAAAUUGGCGAUCGCGACUUCUCCCCUCUAAAGGUUAUGUAUUCCUCUACGAUUGCGAUCGUUUGCUUCCGAAAUUUCGUCUAAAUUUUCAAAAAUUGGAGCUCUUUGGUUAGCCUUCCGCCCUCGUUAAACGAGCCGUCACAGCUGCUGGUGGUUUCAAUCUGGUUUAUUUUCUGUUUUAGUUGCGAGAAAUGGAGGUUGAUGCAUCGCAAAAUCAACGAGAUGAUCAAAUCAGUGACCGUCGGAGUAUUGGAAGCAAUUAUCAUCCAUCCAGCCAAUCUAGGAAGAUAUCUAUUGGAGUUAUGGCUGACUCAGUAGCUAAGAGAAGAUCUGGAGCUGCUAAGGAAGAUGUGGUUGCAAUUCCGAGUGCAGAAAGGAUGAAUCUUAAUGUAGAAACUUCCAUAAAAGUAAAGAAGAAGGGAAAAGAAGUCACAGCUCCAGAGCAGGAGAGUUCCCCAUGGAUUACUACAAGAUCACUUUACCAACAGGCACCUUCCCCAGAGACUGUUCUUCGUGCUGACCAACCAGACACUAGUGGCACGCAUAAUAAGCUUAAUGGACAAAACAAUGCACAAGCAACAUAUUCGGUUCAGUUUUUCACAAACAAGACAUCCGUUUUACAGUCUGGUGAUGGCAAGCAGAAGAAGUUUGAUGGGGUUACCUGCAAAAGGAAGGGAGUGAAGAAGGGGACGACAGGGAGGGUUGAGGAAUUUUCUUUUGCAUCUGCACAAGAAAUUCACGUCUCAGAUAAAGUGGUGACAGAAGAUAAAUCAGAUAAAACAGAAAACAGGACUGAAACUUUGAGAAUGAAGCUCUGGGAGAUACUGGGCAAUGUUUCUUCACCUAAUCAGCAUUCCAAUUCUCAGAGACAUGAGGUUGGUACCAAUAAUUUAAAGCUAGGGCAGAGUUCUGAUCAAAAGGGUGCUACAGUUGUCAGGCCUAGACAGAAUUCAGACACAAUAGAAGCUGAUUCUGAAGGUUCUGAUCAUACUAUCAAGAGACCAGUAACUCGUUCCUUGACACGCAAAAGAGCUCCAUCAAAAGUGCAAGCUAAGGUGACUAAAUGUGGUCCACCCUCUAGUUACAUACAGAAGCAUCAAGAGAAGAACAUCUUCUCCUUAGAAGAAGGAUGGUGUGGGAGAGAAAAUGUUUCUGUGAAUGGUGGGUCCUCAAAACCUAUGAGGAAGAAGAGUGAGAAAAAGAGUACUAGAAUCAAGCCGCCCAAGAUUUUCCCCCCUAUAAAGGAUAUUGCAGAUAAGAUUCAGCAAGCAAGUUAUAGGAGUGAAACGAUGCUACCUGCUGAGAGAACAUCUUCACUUAGCAAUAAAAUGGGAGAUAUUCAUGACGAGAGAGAGUACACUGGACUGGAGAAAAAAAUCCUAGAACAAAAUUCGCAUCUAUCACCAGGUUCACCACUGAGAGACAGGACAGAUCAGCAGAUGGAUUUCAAGAGUCCAGCUAAAGCGGACCUACAAGACAUUGCUAAUCAAUCUUUUACGAAUGUUAUAGACCCACAAGGAACUUUCCAGAGUCCAACAUUUGGAUUUAAAACACCCGUCUCAAGCUCUACCCCAGCCUCAACUCCGAAAACAGACCAACUGGAACAUGAUGCCCCUACCUCAACUCCAAAAAGGGACCAAAUGGUACAUGGUGUUCUCAAUCCUGCACCAGCAGAGAGAAUAUUUACUGUGGGAGAUAUUUGUAGCUUCAGGAAUUUGUGGACUUCAAAACCAGAUCGUUAUGAAUCAAAUACACAGGCGAGGUUUUCUGUUGAUGCAGAGGAGCUAAAAUUUUCUCCACCCCAGGAAGCAGCCGCUGAUACUGAAGAGAAAGAUACAGAAAAUAGCCUUUCUGAAUCAUCAGCUGAAGAGAGGGACUGUGAGAGUUUGGAAGAGGGUUCAUCCAUCAAUGAAGCAUAUAGUGAUUGCAGAGAAAGAGAUACAUUGUCUCCAGAACCUGAAGUUGCUGAGAAACCAAAAUUCAUGCUUCAUUCAACUAAAAGGCUCCGAACCUGUGAAGGCAUUAGAUUUGAUAAUAUUAGUCCCACAUUACCCUCUCCAAAAGAAACUGGAGAAAGUAAUUGGAUCCAAGAACCUUCAGAGCAAAGCCAAGACGAUGCAAUGUCGAGGGCUAUCAAACUGUUUGCCUUGGAACUACAAAAACUUCAAAGCAAAAUUAAGUCAGAGACUACUAAAAAAUCAUCUGAAAUUCUGAUGUCCAUUGCUGAUGGGAUGUAUUUGCAGCUGCAGAACCUUGAGGCUCAUAUUCAGACAGAUGUAGGGAAAAUGACAAGCCUCAGUAAAUUGAAAAGAAAACGAUUGGAAGCAAAAUUUGAAGAGCAACAACAACAAUUGAAUUUGAUUCAUGAAAAGUUCAAAGAAGAUAUUAAUCAAUAUCUCCAGGAUUGCAGAAGCACACUUGAAGGGAUGGAAGCACAUCACAUUGAGCUUAAGGGAACCGUGGAGAAACAAAAAGCAUCACACCGAAAGCGUCUCUUGCAAGCGGAAGAAGCAGUUGAGACCCAACUUAAUGAUGCCAAGAGAAGAAUCACAGCCAUCCACGAGUUGGCAAGGAGAAAGAUGCUCCAACUGAAACACGUGAUAUCCUUGUGUUUGAAGGAGGGUAUCGUAAGUUGAAAUGACUUUUUCUGCUAUAUAGGUAACAGAAACUUUGCCUAGAGUUAGAGAGUCCUGAAGAUAGUCAUAGAUGAUUAGAAUUUGCAUUUCUGUAGGUAAACAGUAUUGUCCUAUUGCCAUCUCAUGCUUAGAAAUUUAUCUUUGAUCUCUCUCAACUGUUCCUCAAUUAUACUCUUAAUUGUACAGACGAUUCAGUUC